CGAUAAACAAAUACAAAUAAUGUACAAAAAGUCCACCCGAAGUGGUUGAGCUAAACCUCCCAUUUUCCCUUCUUAAAAUCCUUACAUCACCUUCCUCUGACUCGAUCCAUUCCACUCCCAAACUCUUACCAAAUCAACCCACAUUCAUGCCCGGAGAACCACGCCCCUUGGAGAUCCACCUCAGGGUCAAUUCCAAGAGAAGCAACGCCAACAUGGUGCACCCUGUGGCCGUGGAAACUGUGUACCCGGUUCAGCCCCAGAGACAGGAAGUCAAGCAUUACCGCAAGUGGUUUCCUUGGUUGAUACCUCUCUUUGUUGUUGCUAACAUAGUUUUGUUUGUGAUCACUAUGUAUGUCAACAACUGCCCCCAUAAUUCUGUCUCCUGCAUUGCCACCUUCUUGGGUCGCUUCUCCUUCCAGCCCUUCAAAGAAAACCCCCUCUUGGGCCCUUCAUCCUUGACGUUACAGAAGGUGGGGGCUCUUGAUGUGGGCAGAGUGGUUCAUAGACACCAGGGGUGGCGCCUUAUCAGUUGUAUGUGGCUGCAUGGUGGGGUUUUCCAUCUGUUGGCAAAUAUGUUGGGUAUUCUAGUAAUUGGAAUUCGGCUUGAGCAAGAAUUUGGGUUUGUGCUUAUUGGACUGCUAUUUGUCAUAUCUGGAUUUGGGGGAAGUUUGCUUUCUGCUCUUUUCAUCCAGUCAAACAUUUCUGUGGGUGCUUCUGGUGCACUUUUCGGCUUGCUGGGAGGCAUGCUUUCGGAACUCAUUACUAACUGGACUAUAUAUGAGAACAAGCUGGCAGCACUACUCACCCUUGUGAUCAUCAUCGUUAUCAAUCUAGCAGUGGGAAUUCUCCCACAUGUGGACAACUUUGCUCAUAUUGGAGGCUUUCUUACAGGAUUUCUUCUCGGAUUUGUGUUUCUGAUACGUCCCCAGUUUGGAUGGGUUAACCAACGCUAUGCUCCCCUAAAUUAUUCUCCAGAACGAGCUAAGCCUAAAUUCAAAAAGUAUCAGUGCAUCUUAUGGGUCCUCUCUCUUGUCAUUCUAAUUGUUGGGCUUUCUGUUGGGCUUGUCGCGCUUCUCCGUGGUGUUGAUGCAAAUGACCACUGCUCCUGGUGCCAUUAUCUGUCUUGUGUUCCAACGUCAAAAUGGAGCUGCCAUACAGAGCCAUCAUAUUGUGUGUCAAAUCAGCUUGGUAACCAGCUGAAUGUAACAUGCUCAAGCAAUGGUAAAUCCAGUACAUACUUCAUGCAAGAUCCAACCAGUUCCCAGAUCCAGCAACUAUGUACUCAACUUUGCAGUUGAGUUCUAACAAAAGUGAUGAUCAUUGGAAGAUGUUCAUCUGUCCAUAGUAGUGUUUCUGGCUCUCAAACAAACUUCAGUGCUCUUUUAUUUAUAGACACGAUUAGAAAAUAUUCAUUUUGCUUUUGUAGAUUUGUUCAUUUUCCAGUGUAUAUAAUAUUGAUUGAUUUUGUAUUUCUUUACUACCUUUGUGUGAGAUCAAAGAUACAGUUAUUGAUGAUUAAUGUA